AUGCCAUUCCUGGCGGAGAAGGAAAAGUCCCCCUUUGGGCACGACCUUUCCGAUCCCGGUUCCGAGCACAGUUCCGAGCAGGACACGCCGAGCCCGAGCCUCUCCCCGAGGACCGACGAGGAGAGCGGCGGCGACAGCGACGGCGGCGACCACCUCGCAACAACGCCGGACGCCCUCUCCGAGAAGCCGGCACCGGGCCCUCCGAACGGCGGCUCGAGGGCCUGGCUCCAAGUCCUCGCGUCCUUCUUCAUAUACUUCAAUACGUGGGGUCUCGUCGCCAGCUUCGGCGUCUUCCAGGUCCACUAUGAGGCCGAUCUGCUGCAGGAGUACAGCCCCUUCGCCAUCUCCACCAUCGGCUCCCUGCAGAGCUUCCUGAUGGUCUUCCUGGGCUGCUUCGCCGGCCCCAUCUUCGACCUGGGCUACGCGCGCCAGCUGCUCUGGGCCGGCUCCCUGCUCAUCGUCGCCGGUACCGUCGCCCAGAGCUUCAGCCGGACCCUCUGGCAGCUGCUCCUGUCGCAGGGGCUCUGCGUCGGCGCCGGCAUGGGCAGCCUGGCCGUCCUGGGCGUCGCCGUCCUGUCGCCGUGGUUCUCCACGAGGUUGCCCGUGGCCUUUGGCGUCGCCGCCGCGGGGAGCGGUGUUGGCGGUCUGGUACUGCCCAUCCUGUUCCGGUCCCUCGAGCCCGAGAUCGGCUUCGCCUGGACGGUGCGGACCAUGGCGCUGGUGGCGCUGGCCACCCAGGGCGUGUCCAUCGUCAGCAUGCACACGCCCAGGACCCCCCGGCGGAGGCGCGCCUGGAUCGACCGGUCCGCCUUCACGGACGCCCCCUACCUCCUCUUCGUGGCGGCCUGCUGCCUCGUCUUCCUGGGCAUGUACACGCCCUUUGUCUACAUCCAGGGCUUCGCCCUCCAGCGCGGCGCCGCGAGCUCCCAGGUCGACAAGUACCUGCUGGCCAUCAUGAACGGCGGCUCCAUCCUCGGCCGCGUCAUCCCGAACCUGUUCGCCCAGCGCCUCGGCGGCAUGAACCUGCUCGUCGCCGCCGUGCUCGUCAUGUCCGUCUCGGCGCUCUGCCUCAUGGCCGUCCAGCACACCGCCGGUCUGGUCGUCGCCCUCGUCUUCUACGGCUUCAGCAGCGGCAGCUUCUUCUCGCUGCAGCCCGCCACCUUCGCCAAGCUCACCCGGGACCGCGACUACAUCGGCACCCGCCUCGGCAUGGCCUACGCCGUCAUGUCCGUCGCCCUGCUAUUCGGGUCCCCCGUCGGAGGCGCCCUGGUGCGCUCCGUCAGCUUCUCCAGCGCCUGGAUAUGGGCCGGCGUGUGCCUUGCGCUGGGCAGCGUCAUGGCUGCCGUCUCCAGAGGCAUGGCCAGCGACUGGGAUUGGAGAAAGCCUACGUAA